AGCUGCUGCUGAGGCGAGCGCACGCGGCGGAGUGUUGAGGGCCGAAGGAGCCAUGAAGCCCGGCGGUGGCGGCGAAGGCAGCAGCCAGCAACCUCUGUUCAGUGCUGGAGCCCUUGAGGAGCAAGAUGGAGCAAGUGAUGAUCUGACAGAUAGUGAAGAAAGCAUUUUCUCUGGGCUGGAGGAUUCUGGAAGUGACAGCGUCACAGAAGAGGAGGAGGAAGACGACUAUGACAGCGGAGCUGAGGAGAAAUCAGAAGGCAUGCUGGGAGCUGGGAGGACUGCUGAGAAGGAAUUUCAGUCGUGCGGAAAGAAGGAGGGUACAGCAGCAGACCAGCAGGGACCACCUUUGGGGAACGAGUAUGAUGAAGACAGCUCUGACGAAGAGGAUAUCCGCAACACAGUGGGCAACAUUCCCAUGGAGUGGUAUCAGGACUUCCCACACAUUGGCUACAAUUUGGAUGGCAAAAAGAUCUUCAAGCCCAUUCGCAACAAGGACGAGCUCGACAAGUUCUUGGAGAAAAUGGAAAACCCCGACUACUGGCGGACCGUCCAGGACAAAAUGACUGGGGUGGACGUGAAGCUGACGGAUGAACAAGUGGAGCUGGUGAACCGUCUCCAGAAGGGCCAGUUCGGAGAUGUGAACUUCAAUCCCUAUGAGCCCGCUGUGGACUUCUUCAGCAGUCAAGUGAUGAUCCACCCGGUGACCAACCGCCCAGCCGACAAGCGUAGCUUCAUUCCAUCCCUCAUUGAGAAGGAGAAGGUCUCCAGGCUGGUCCAUGCCAUCAAGAUGGGUUGGAUCAAGCCACGCAAGCCUAAAGAGGAGACGCCUAGCUUCUACGACCUGUGGGCUCAAGAAGAUCCCACCUCUAUCCUGGGGCGGCACAAGAUGCACGUGCCUGCCCCCAAGCUGCCUCUGCCGGGCCACGAGCAGUCCUACAACCCACCCCCAGAGUACCUUCCAACAGAGGAAGAGAAACUGGCCUGGGAACAGCAAGAACCGCCUGAGCGCAAACUGAAUUUCCUGCCCCAGCGCUACGAUUGCCUGCGCCGGGUUCCUGCCUACCCCCGAUUCAUCCAUGAGCGAUUUGAGCGCUGCCUCGACCUCUACUUGUGCCCACGCCAGAGGAAGAUGCGGGUCAACGUGGAUCCUGAGGAUUUGAUCCCCAGACUCCCCAAGCCGCAGGACCUCCAGCCUUUCCCCACCGUGCAGUCCUUGGUCUAUCGUGGCCACACGGGCCCCGUGCGCUGCCUCAGUGUCUCCCCCAGUGGACAGUGGCUGGUGUCGGGUUCCGAUGAUGGCGCAGUGAAGUUCUGGGAGGUCUGCACAGGCCGAUGCCUGAAGACGCUCCCCGUGCAGGGCGUGGUGAAGAGUGUCGCGUGGAACCCCAGCCCCACCCUUUGCCUCGUGGCCGUUGCUGUGGAGCAGUCGGUGCUUCUGGUGAACCCUGGCCUUGGGGACAAGCUGCUCUGUGGGGCCACAGACCAGUUGCUCGAUGCCUUUGUGCCCCCAGAGGAACAGCGACCCCAGCCUGUCACCUGGGAGGAGGCAGCAGGAGAGGAACACAGCCAGGGUGUGCGGCUCCUUGUCAGGCAUGAGAAGCCUCUGAAGCAGGUGACGUGGCACCGGAAAGGGGACUACUUUGCCAGUGUGGUCUUGGACAACAGCCACUUGCAGGUGCUGAUCCACCAGGCAAGCAAGCGCUGGAGCCAGGCGCCCUUCCGCAAGAGCAAGGGGCAGGUGCAGCAGGUCCUCUUCCACCCGCUGCGGCCUUUCUUCUUUGUGGCCACCCAGCGCUUCGUGCGGGUCUACAACCUCCUCAAGCAGGAGCUCACGAAGAAGCUGCUCACCAACUGCAAGUGGGUGUCCAGCAUGGCUGUCCACCCUGGAGGCGACAACCUGAUCUGCGGCAGCUACGACAGCAAACUGGCCUGGUUUGAUCUAGACCUGUCCACGAAGCCCUAUCGCGUGCUGAGGCACCACAAGGCAGCGUUGAGAGCUGUGGCCUUCCACCCCCACUACCCGCUCUUUGCCUCCGGUUCGGAUGAUGGCAGCGUCAUCGUUUGCCACGGCAUGGUCUACAACGAUCUGCUCCAGAACCCCCUCAUCGUGCCCGUGAAGGUGCUGAAGGGCCAUGCCCGGACUCACAACUUGGGCGUCCUUGACGUGGCUUUCCACCCCAGCCAGCCCUGGCUCUUCUCUGCCGGCGCAGAUGCCACCAUCCGCCUCUUCACGUAGCUGACGGACUGCCUCCGGAAGGAAAUCUUCUGCUUUAGGCAGGAGCCGUGGGGACUUUGCCUUGUGACGUAGGAGUUCCUUCCCUGCUGGCCAAAGGUCCGUGCGGCCCGUUCCUGGAAGGAAACUGAACUUGGAGACCUUUUUAGAAUAAACUGCCCGGC